UUUAGGUCCCACGCUUCUAUGUGAUUUUAAUAUUUUGAAUCCGGUGUCUGGUACCCACAAUAGAGUCCGACUAAUCCGGAUUCACACUGCGUUAGCCUCAUCUUUUGGAAGCGCUCCCUAUCAAAGAAUUGUAUAUACCCAAGGGUACUGUUCAAUGUUUAAUGUUUGAUUUACCACCAUUAAUUUCUUUUUAAAAGUCUAAAUUGUUCUUAUGAUGAGGCUACUAGUCAGUCUUGGUGUCAUAUCCAGAAGGAUUUUUUUUUCCUAAUAAAUGGUGGGGUUCUGGGUGAGGUCUUUCGUAAACAACGUGUCGCUAUCUCCACGAAGUAGGGAUAAAGUCUACGUACACUCUAUCCUCUCCGGAUCCCUCCUGCAGGAUUUCAUUGGGUCCCAAGAUUCUCUGUGAGUUUGGAUUCUGCUCUUGGUAAUUGAAGUAUCAGCAGUGCUUAAAUGGGUUGGAAAGACAAGAUUCGGACUGUGUUUCAGGGUAAUAGAAAUGAGAUUGAGCUCGGAUGUGGACAUACUAUUAAGUCUCAUGGGUCAUCAGUUGCAAGAAUUCACAUGCAUGACUGGCUUAUAUUGCUACUGCUUGUAGUUAUAGAGGUAGUCCUUUAUAUCAUCGGUCCAUUUCACCGGUAUGUUGGAAAGGAUAUGAUGACUGAUCUGAAAUAUCCCAUGAAAGAUAAUACGGUCCCAGUGUGGUCUGUUCCUCUUUAUGCAGUUGUAUUACCUAUUAUCAUCUUCGUUUUCAUCUAUCUUCGGAGGAGGGACGUUUAUGAUCUGCACCACAGCAUUCUAGGCCUCUUAUUUGCUGUACUAAUUACGGCUGUAAUCACGGAUGCCAUCAAGAAUGGAGUAGGUCGUCCCCGACCAGACUUUUUCUGGCGUUGCUUUCCUGAUGGUAAAGAUGUGUAUGAUCAGUGGGGAGACGUGAAAUGCCACGGUAAAGAAAGUGAUAUUAAGGAAGGACAUAAGAGUUUCCCAAGCGGGCAUACCUCAUGGUCAUUUGCUGGUCUCGGAUUUCUAUCGUUGUAUUUGGCAGGGAAGAUUAAAGCAUUUGAUCGACGAGGGCAUGUGGCAAAAUUAUGCAUAGUUCUUCUUCCUCUCCUAAUGGCAUCUCUUGUUGGGGUUUCACGUGUGGAUGACUACUGGCAUCAUUGGCAAGAUGUGUUCACUGGAGGAAUGAUAGGCCUUUUCGUUGCUACAUUCUGUUACCUGCAGUUCUUCCCAGCUCCAUACCAUACUGAAGGAUGGGGACCCUAUGCAUAUUUCCGGGCAGUGGAGGAGGUCCGUAGUAGCAGACAACACGUCCACCCUACUAACGGAGGAUUAGAGUUAGAACGUCCCGAGGUACAACUGAAUCAGCAAUCCGGUACAACUAUCAAUCCUUUUGAGGAUGUGGAGUAUGGCAGAAUGUGAGACAUAAAGACACUGUACACUUAUGCUUAAUCUUUGUUGAAAGUGCUCAAUUAGCUCAGUUUGAUAUUUUCUUGUGAAUACUUAAGGCUGUUUUUGUUUUUAUGUUAAAAGUAUUUUAGCUUUAGGAACCCUAUUUGAUUGCUGAAUUUGUUUAAUCAGUGUUUUAUUUUU